UUGAUGAUUGUUUGUCAAAUCCAUGUUUGAAUGGCGGAUCAUGUUCGGAUGACGUAAACGGUUACACGUGCACGUGUGUGCAGGGCUUUGAUGGUGACCAUUGCGAAAACAUGCUGGACCCGUGCUUCUCCAAUCCCUGCGUAAAUGGAAAAUGUUUCUCCCAUCAUUCUCUGUUUCUGUGCAUCUGCCCAGCGCAUUUAACCGGGAAGUACUGCGAAAUGAGUCAAGACAUUUGUGCAUCCAUGCCUUGUUUAAACGGAGCUACCUGCUCUUCCCAUGAAGACACCUUAACGUGUAGCUGCUCUGAGGGAUUUGAUGGAACCAGAUGCGAACAUGAUAUUGACGAGUGUUUGUCAAACCCAUGUGCUUAUAAUGGUACUUGCGUUGAUGGAUUGGCAACAUUUAUGUGCCAAUGUCAGCCUGGAUACAGUGGAAAGCUUUGUAGUUCAAAAAUAAACGAGUGUGCGAGUUCACCAUGCAAAAACGGAGGUGUAUGUUUAGACCGGGUAAAUUCGUUCACUUUGUAACUGUCCACUUGGAUUUGCCGGCGUCGUCUGCUCUGAUGGUAACGGACCCACGUGUUUUUCUUGCGCUCAUCUCGGAAUGGCAGAGAAAUGCACUUCUAUAACUACAUGUCAGUCAGAUGAGGUUUGUGUAACUGAAACGUAUAAAAAAUCUGAUGGAUCUCGGAGAUAUAAUACAGGAUGUCUAAAAGCCAAUGUUUGUGUGUCCGGGUCUUCCGGUGACACCUGUACUCAUUGCUGUGCCUCGGAUUUCUGCAACCACCAAGGAUGUAGCGUAAUGGGACACGGUCUUCGAAGUGACCGCGGACCUUUGUGUCUAGACUGUGAUGACAUGGAAAACAUGGCCCUCUGCAAAAACAUAGCCCCUUGCGCCAAGGACGAAAUUUGCACAAUUUACGGAAGUCCUUUUACACACUACGACGGAAAGAGCGUGAGCAAGAACUUCCAGUGCCCGGGCGUGGCAUCCGCUGAUGGAUUCUGCAAGUCAUGUUGCGACCAGGAUAUGUGUAACACUAACUGCACCCGACCAGCCGCGGUCGCCAUUGUUGGAUAACAUUUGAUUUUCGACUUAAGCAAGGGAUUUUAACACCAAGGAGAAUCUUACCAUGACACAAAUGACUCCAAAUACACAAUGUCUACUUUUUUACCUAUUGCGGAAUAGCGUUGGAAAGUCGAAUAUGUGACAUAAUGUUGAACUACAUAGUAUGGUGUCUGAUUCAAGUUAUUAUUUCUCUAAAAUCUGAAAUGUAGCUGAAGCACCAAUGUGAUGUGAUGUUUCAUUAAAUAUAAAACAAUAAUAAUACAAAGGAUAACAUUUAAUCAAGAAGUAUAUUACUGUCAGUAAGUGUAGUAUUAGUUAUUAUUAAAAUAACGUUUGCAAAUGUG